AUGAUAGGGAAGUGUCCCGACUGUAAGACUGGGAGGCCGAUAUACUGCGACAACCCACUGAUGAAAGGGAUCACGACUGAUGGGGCAUGGGCAGAGUACAUGGCAGCUGACGCUCGAUUUACCGUCAAACUUCCAGAAUCACUCGAUUUUCCCACUGCAGCAUGCAUCACCGUGUAUGGAGGCAUCAAGAGAGCAAAGGUCCCAUCCGGUGGCUCGAUUGGUAUCGUCGGCAUUGGUGGACUUGGCCAUAUCGGGACUCAAGUUGCCAAAGCAAUGGGAUAUGAGGUCGCCGCGAUUGAUGUGAAGCAAGAUGCCCUAGACCUUGUCGCAUCUUACAAUCUGAAGCCCGAUGUUUGCAUUCUCUCCACCGAUCCAGCUGAAACCUCCAUGGAGAAGACCACCAACAUUAUAAAAGGCGACUACCCUGGUCUUGAUGCCACAAUAAUCGCAACCGAUGCUCCCGCUGCAUUUGAUCUCGCAGCAAAGUUGACACGCAAGCACGGAACUAUGGUUCUUCUGGGUCAGCCUGAGAAGGGCAUUACCAUGUCUUAUCAGAACGUCAUCUUUCGUGAUAUCAAUCUGAUAGGCUCUCUUGUCACCGAUACCGAUGAAACCGAAGAACUGUUGAGCUUGGUAGUGAAGCAUAACAUUCAGGUUAAGAUCAAGGAAUGGAAGCCUGAAGAUGCUGAGAAGAUGAGAAAAGAAUAUCUGGCUGGUAGGAACAGCGGUAAGAACGUCAUAGUAUUCUAG